AUGACCACCAACGCCGACUUCACCUUCACGCCUCAUCCCUCCCCCGAGGAGAUCCAGGAUGAAUGGAACUUAUCGCUCCAUGGCAUCGAAGAUGAGGGCGAAAACCAAGCUGUCAUUGCCCAUCUGCGAUCUAUCUGGAGAGACAACUGGUGGAAGUACCCCGACAAGAUCAAGCAAUCCUUCUUGAACGCCGCCCGCAAGACUGCCACCACGAAGACCAACAUCCACAGCCCUUGCAGCCACACCCUUUACCGGGGCGCGUUCAUUCGCAACACGCAUGACUUUGAUUGGGGAGUAUGGCUCGUCCUACGUGGCAUCUACUACGACUCUCUCAAAGAUGCGGCAACUGCGAGAGCCGAGAUGACUCGCCAAACUUUUGCGAGAAGCCCUGCAACGAAAGCGAUCAUGCAGCGGUACCAGGACAUCGAUGUCCUCGAGGACAAUGUUCCCCUCACGUUCCCUCCACGACCUUCUUCCUGGGAAAAGAAGCUUGAAGAUGGUCCAGGCGGCUCUUGCACUCCACCCAAGACCAAAGAUCGGACCCCAGCCGUCAAGUGCCCUGCCACUAACAAGACUGGCGGCACAGGCGACGGGACUCGAGACUCUGGAGUUGGUUCCAGUACCGAAAUGGCGAAGGGCGAGGGUGUUGGCUCACCCUCUCCGGAUAAGACCAAGACAAAGGUGAAGAAAGAGGCCAAAAAGCACACUUCUGCACCCAGUCAGGGUACUAGUUCGCAUCCCCGUACCAAUCUCGACACGACUCCAAGCGACAGCAAGACCAAGGCUAUUUCGAUUCAGGGUCCAGUCAACGAGGGUGGCCAACGCGAGAAGUCGACCAAUGCAUCCAAUAAUAGCAAGGUAUGCCCUGAAGAGCCCAGCACUGCCCCAAAACGCCUCCCAAAACGCAGCUUGUCGGAUGAUGAGGAAGAGUCUCAACUCCGCAUCAAGCGACGCAGCACAUCAAGCGACCAAAGCCGCCACUCGCCCGAGGUCAAAACCGAGGCGAUACCAAACGGUUGCCUUCAGAUCGCCACCUUCAACGAGACUCUGGAACACAUCUACGAGCGAAUCAAGAAGCCAAUCAACGAGAAGGCGACCGAGUAUGUCAGUCAACAGGUGACCCAGCACCUGGAGGACCUACAGCCACGGCUCAAAGAUCUGGCGAUCCAGCUCCUGUCUGAGAUGAUUCCCGUGAUCCCUCGAAGCUCUGAGUCCAGCACCAUCGCUCAGCAGAUCGCUGACAGCAUGGCUGAACAAGUCCUUUCCAUAAUCACAGGACCGGUCAUCCAGAAGCUCACCACGCGGUUGAUUUCUGAGCUGCAGCCAGUGGUUGACAAGCAGAUCGCCAAUGGCAUCGCUCAACACCUGUUGGAGAAUUUGUUUGGCUCAACUGGAAGCUCUGAGCUUUAG